UAAACAAUUUUGCAAUAAAUUGCAAUUAAUAAAUUACAAAUCAAUUAAUUUAAUAAACUUUGAAAUAAUUAAUAAACUUUUAAUUGUGAAAAGAGUAAAUUAAGUUUAUUAAACUACAACAUAUUAAAUAUUCCGUAAAACGUGUAGCAAAGCAACUUAAUAGAUGUAGCUACACAAGCUGUAGAAAAUAAAAACAAUUUCAGAGCAAUAUUAACUUACAUAUAUUAUAUUUGUAUUAUAUUUAUUGAAACAAUGACAACAUCGCUGCAACUAUAUCGCUAUAGCUUUACAGCCGGCGCCUUUGCUGCUGGCGGUAGCUUCUUUGGACGUGCGCCAAGCCAGUUGUCAGAGCUGCCGGCAUUGGCAAGUGUGCUUGCACCAACAGCCGCAGCAACAUAUUAUUUAGAAUUGCUUUUUCUACGCGCACUACCCAUUAUCUUGAUGGUGAUUUGUAAUGUGCUAAAUUGGCGUUAUUAUCUCAAGGCUUUGCAGUGUGCCGAGCAAACAUUGACCGCAACAGUGCUCACGGCUGCCACUAAUUACAUGUUAUCGUUUGUACUAGGAGCACUCAUUUAUCGAGAAGAGAUUACGCUGUUGUCAACAGCCGGUGCCACAUUUAUUAUCGGUGGUCUUUGGUUUCUAUGUAAAGCGCAGGAGGAACAAAAAAUAAGUGAUAAACUGAAAAAAAUAGAGUGAAAACUGUAAAAAAAAUGUGUGGUUAGAGUCAUACGGGAACUCUUUGCAUGCAGGACAUAUGUUGACUAUAUCAGGAACUAGUCUGGACAAGUUGGAGUUUAAUCUGCUACAGUAUACAGAACGAAGUUGCGCGAAGCAGCUCAAGCUUUGUGUCUGCGAUGGGGGGUGUUGUAUCUCCAAGUACGCCAUUCACGAGGAGGGAGUCGAUGAAUGUGUUAUUGUAAAUGGCGUUCAGUGCUUGUCGAAAGUUUGUCGCAUCCGAAGUCCUGCAUAGUUUAAGACCACGACAGUUGGUUAUACUAAUUCGAACGGACCCAGUCAAUGAGAAUGUUUUAUAUCGGCACAACAACAACAAGAUGAUAUUUGACAUUUCUUAUUAAACAUUCCCCUUCCUCUAGUAACCUUUAUGAAUUUACUAACGGAAUAACAGUCGCUUACCACAGAUGAGACCAAAUAUAAAAGCCAAGCUUAUUUUCCAUACAAGUGAAAUAGUCAGAAAAAUGCUGCUAAAUCAAUUCUUGUUGUUGUAGCGGUAAUAAGCGUAUCCCAAAUAUUUUUGCAGAAUGCUGAUAUCACACUAAAUGCUUUUGAGUUGUAAUGUUAUAUUUAGGAACCCCUUAUUUUUCCAAGAAACCAGCGCCCUGUUGGACAUUCCCCCCUUGUACUCUCUUACCCCACCCACAAAUGAGAAACAUGAACUUGUUUUUGUUGUAAUUUUUCUGUUUGGUUGUUUCUUUCUCUUUUUUUAAUAUAAGUAAUAUUUUUGUAUGAUUUAUUUGUUGUUGUUUUUAUCAAUUAAAUUUAAUAAUAAUAAUAAUAGUAAUAAUAAUUAUUAUAAUAGGUAGGCGUAUAAUUACUUUCUGUUUUGCUCUUCAUCUCAAGUUUCGUCUCCUUGAAAUACUAAACAAAUUACAUGCAAUCAGUCAAAAAAUACAACAACAACAAAUGACACAAAUGUUUACAAGUUUCUGUUUUUGUUUGUUACUGCUGAUACUCCUCCACUAUUUAGCACGCUUAUAGCUGCUUUUAAUUUGAACUGAUUCCCUUCUACUUAUCAUUUUUUUAACAUAACUAGUUGUUGUUUUGCAGUCGACAUUUUUCUAGCACAACUAAGCACUUAAAAUAUUAAUUCUUCUUUGUUUUUGUUUUCGUUUUUUUUUACAAAUUAUCAUUCCUGUAACUUUUGCAUUUGCGUAGCUUGCUUUGCACAGCAGCAACUGCCAACUGCGUUGCUCAGCUAGACUGCAUUGCUGCUGUUGGCAUUUUUAUUGUUGUUUCCAACUGCAUAGUUGUUGUGUUCAUUUUUUGUUGUUGUGCGUCGUGCAAUAUUUGAGUUUAUAAUUCGGUUAGUUGUGUCAUUUGUUUUUUGUUUUUGUUUUAUUGUUUUAACUGAUUCCAUACGUUUAAAGUUGCUGCUUCUUCAUACUUUCUCGUUUUCUGGCUUACAUGAUGAAAGAGCAAUUACAUACAUUUAUAAUAUUUAUUUAUUAGAAAAAAAUGAACAUAAAUAAGUAUUUCUGUAAUUGAAAUUAGCAUAAGUUUUCUUUGCGUUUUCUUUAAAUAUAUAAUAUUCUUUUUUCUUUUUCUCGUUUUCUGUACUUCUCCGUGUUUUUUUGUUUUGUUUUUGCUUUCACUUGUUACUCCCAUUUUUUUGUGUUUUUUCUCUUUUCUUUUUGCUUUGCUUGCUGUGUAGUUGUUGUUUUGUUUACGAAAUUAAAUUGUUUAACACGCGCGCAUUUUUGUUUUUACGUUCAAUUGUUGCAGUUUCGGUUGCUUUGUUGUUGGGCCACGUUGUUGCCACUAUGAACUGCAGCUUUGCAGUGACUUUCGUCACACUACUAAUUAAAGGUUAAAUAUAUUUUUUGUUGUUUUUUUUGUUUUUGUUUCAGUGUAUAUAUGUAAAUGUAUGUGUAUAUGUAUGUUCGUGUGUUUAUGAAUUUCUUUUUUUUUGUUUUUAGUUUUUUUGUUUUUGUUUCCCUCAUAUAUAUGUAUUUAUUUACGAUUCUUAAGUGGUUCUCAUCAUACUUCUGCCUUCUGCUUCAAUGCUGCUUCGUUUCGUUUUCAU